UUGAUUACAAACAACCAUGCGUUUCUGUGUAUAUGGUGAAGUAUGUGGACGUCUAGUAAGUAAUUGAAAAAGUUAAAAGAUGCCUUUACUAGCUGAAAUUAUUGGGAAAAUAGUAGAUCCAACACCAAAAGUUGUUGAUCCAGAAGAUGAUGUUAACAUCGAAACUUCAGCUAGAAUUAGUAAUAAAGACAAAGAUUCGGAUGCAGAAUUAACUAUUAGCACACCAGGGCGUAAAACUCCGUUUUUGAUUGAAGAUGUAGAUCCAAGAUAUGCUGGCCAUAAAAUAUCAAGGAAGUUAUUGGAUAACAUUUUUCAUGAAGAAAGGAAGACCUCUUCUAAUGUUGAAGAUGAUGAAAAUGAUGUGUCGUCUGAAAAACCAUCAGAUCUGGAUAGUAGUGGAGGUGAAAGUGAAGAAGAUGAUAAUGGUGAUGAUAAAUAUUUGAGUGAUUCAGAUUUAAAUGCUUUCAAGGAACUUUUUAAAGCUGAGUCAGGUUUGAAUGAUAAAGUACCCAGUUUAGAUGAUGAAGAAGAAACUUCAGAAUCUGAAUCUGCCGAUGAUGAAGAAAGUAAUCAAGAUGUGGUGCAACAGUUUUCAAAUAUUGAUGUAACCAGUGAUAUUGAAAAAGGGAAAGCUGUUAAAGCUCAGCAAGAAAUAUGGAAUAGGCUCUGUGAAUGUCGUAUAAAGCUUCAGAAGCUAUUAAUUCUUGCUAACAAAUUGCCACAGUCUGACAGAUGGCAGUCUUUAACAGAUAAAGGUGGCAAGCCAUUAGCUGAAAAUUUAAAUAAAGGUUGUAGCAGUAUCAAAAUGCUAUUAAAUAAUUGGUUGGAUUUGCAAUCAGUGCUUUUAGCUAAAAAUCCAGAAAAUAGCAACUUAGAAAAUACUGCAGUUAAUGUUGAAUCAGAAAGUGAUGAAGAAAUUCAUAGUGAUGAAGCAGUUGAGGAAAUGGAAGAAAAAAGCAAAACAGAUGACAUCAAAAUUGACGACUGGAAGCCUCGCAAACGUAAAGCAGAAAAUCAGGAUUACUGUGAAAUUCUUGCCAAAAGACAUAAAAGUCUAAUACCGUACAGAAAUUCAGUUAUACAAAAAUGGGAUGAAAAAACACGUUUGUCAACUGGAAGAAUUACCCAGAAAUCUUUCACAGCAUUUGAGAACUCAGCAUUGAAGCAAAUAGAAAAGAUUCUUCAAGACAAAAAUCGUCUAAUCAAAAGAACUCAGCUUAAAAGAUCACUCUAUCGAGUUCUCGGUAAACCAGAAUUUUCACAGAUGAAAAAUGAUGAAAAUGCUGAUGUUAAUGAGUCUGUAUCCAAGCAAGAUAUGCUUCUUAAAGAUUAUGAUCCAGAGAUAUUUGAUGAUGAUGAUUUUUAUCGGCAACUCCUUAAGGAUGUUAUUGAAAGUCAAUCUGUUGGUAUCGAUCGUGAAGUGUUAAGGAAACAAAUGGAAAUACAAAAAAUACGCAACAAAAUGAAAAGGAAAGUAGACACAAAAGCCAGUAAAGGAAGGCGAUUAAGGUACGAUGUUCAUCCGAAGCUUGCAAAUUUUAUGGCUUCAAUUCAGACAACUAAAGUAUCUGAUGAAACUAGGGAUAAUGUGCUGAAAUGUUUAUUUGGAAAAAGUUCUGUUACAUCGUGACAGCUGAAUGUAUUGAGUUUGCAUAUUUGUGAAUAAAACAGAUUUCUGUAUAUAAA